AUGCCGGCAUAUAACCCACUCCGAGAACUCAACAGUCCACGUCCCGCCGAAGGCAGUGAUUACUUCAGUCUAGCACCCCCGAAGACAUCCAAGGCUCCUCUCGUGACACAUACCAACGAUCCCUCGAGUCUCUUUGAUGUGCCGCCCUCGCAACGGAAUGGAAAGCAGUUGGUUCUCGAUACGUGCCAUUCAAACUCGUCCGUCACAUCUUCCCACUCCGAUUUCCACAGCGCCCAGCCCGGCCCCUGUAAGUCCGCCACGCCAGCGUCAGAUGCCGACGGCGAAGACUCGCCCUUCCCCGGCCACAAGGCCAAGCAGCUCGGCCUCUCUCCCGCCGAGGAUGUGCUCCCCUUAGGGGUUCUGCCGUUCAAGCCUCAGCCCCUUAUCCGCAGCUCCACUUCUCUCUCACAAUCUUCUGCCACCAGUGGCGCCUCCGCAUCCUCUGGUAGCUCUGUCGUCACCAUUCCCCGGUUCCCUCACUCGGCCAUCGAAUCGUCGUUCGACUUUGAACAGGGCGCAGUAAAAACUCCACAGAAUAUAGGCCACAAAACCACCAUGUCGUUACAGCUUCCGGAUUCCAAGCUGUUACCGUCCAAGUUGAAGAACCUCCUGACCAAGAGGGGCCUGCCGAAGGUACUCCUACCUCCAUUAACCACCGCCAACUCCCCGGUGAAAGCUUUUGUGUCUACUAUGCCCUCAGCCACGAAGAUGUUAGGCGGAAUUCCGCAGGGCCACUUACUCAAUUUCCAGGCCCUUCCCUCGCCCAUCGGCGGCCCCAGCUUACCUCGCUUGAAGCCGAAAGACCUCACGUGCCCGAUUCCGGCGUGCGUGUCGUUUCUCCCGGGCGCGGUGCUCCACGACUACAUCCGGAAUAUCGUGAAGAACGAGCAUUUGGUACCGAUGAACUUGCUUAUCAUCGAUACCAGACCGUUCACCGAUUACGUCAAUGACCAUGUGGUGGACUCGCUCAACAUCAGUCUUCCUUCGACGUUGCUUCGGCGCCCUAACUUCAACCUAGCUCGUAUUAUCAACUCCUUAAGUGACUACGAGCAGUCGGUAUUUCAGAACUACGGGGCGAUGAACAAGCCUUCGACUAUGGCUGGCCCUUUCUUCAACAACGGCGUCCCUAGCGGCGAGUUCGGGCUCCCGGCCGUGCUCCUCUACGAUAACUCCUCCUCGGAUGACACCGCCUCGUCCGUUGCCAUCUCAUACAUGGCCUCCAAGUUUUCCCUGAACGAGCUGUGGAAUGCGCCCGUUUUCAUCUUGCAAGGAGGGAUCCAUCGGUUUAAGGAGGACUUUCCCGAAAUGGUCGAGUCGGGCACGAAUGAAUCGCUUAACGUUCCACCCACUCCAAAAGGAAACGGCUCUUUGAGCAGAUCCAACUCCCACAAGUCUCCCCGUCCAGUCGUCAGCUCCCCGGUGACUGAAAGCAGCACCUUUCAGCACUCUCCGGGCACUGCUCUGUCUUUCCACCUUCCAGCGACAUUAGAUACCGCGCGUGCCAAAACCGAGCCUAGAACCAAGGCCGAAAGCAUCCGUUCACAUACUACCGUUUCAAUGGACUUCAAGCGCCCAAAACCCCCGGCCUUGGCCAGAUUUGUUCUCCCGGCUGCCGCCAAGCCAGUCUUCAAGACCAGACACCACGAGGAGGUGUCUUCUGUCGUUCAGGAUCCUACUCUCACUCUCAACAUCUCCUUGGAAGACUGUUCCAGCGGUGAGGUUAGUGCAUUCCCCGAGUGGCUCACGUCGUUCAUCUCCGAAGAAGAUAUGGUGGAGUACAUGGCCCUCAAGUUCCAGUUCUUGGAGAACAAGGAGAAGGAGCGCAUGAACUUUAUCUUCUCUCACUGCCCGGAUUCCAGAGCCCGUGCCAGGGAGGCCUGUACCCGAAUGCUUGCGGACGAGUUGGAUAACAUGGGCAUGCCGAACGCCGGGCUCGAGCUCGGGGCAAAGAAUCGCUACAAGGACAUCUUUCCGUACGAACACUCGCGUGUGAAGUUGGGCAACUCAUUGAAUGGCUCUGAUUACAUAAAUGCCAACUACUUAUCGUCCACCGGCGCCGACUGCCCCAAGUAUAUUGCCUGCCAGGGUCCAUUGAACGACACCAUAGGUGACUUCUGGAGAUUAGUGGUUGAGCAGGGAUGCCCAAUCAUCUUCUCACUCACUGACAAGGUGGAGGGCGGCUCAGUUAAGUGUGCUGCUUUUUGGGAGUCCGGGGAGUACCACACCAACGGGUUGGCCAAGGUCACUGAGUUGGAGACUGUCAAUGGCUUGAAGCUCAGCCAUUGCGAAUCCAGGAUGGGGGUCGUCUUGCGCCGCUUACUCAUUACCAUUGACGACGCCCUUGGAGAGACCGUCAACCACGAGGUGCUCCAGAUUCAGGUGCUCUCGUGGCCCGACAUGGGCACCUCUGUGGAAUCAGUUGAUUUGAUCUCUUUGGUUUCUAUCAAGAGACACAUCCUAGCACAGCUCAACGACGGCCAGACCAAAGGUAUGAAUGACCACAGCGGCCCGGUGAUUGUACAUUGUUCUGCUGGUUGUGGCCGCACGGGUACUUUCUGCGCCAUUGACUCAGUGGUAGAUAGCGUUUUGAACAAUAACUUCUAUCCCGAAAAGAAGCUCGGAUUUGACCCUGUGUUCGAUGCGGUGGAUGGUUUUAGAAAGUACCGAUUAUCAAUGGUACAGACGCUCAGACAGUAUAUGUUGGCGUAUGAUACCAUUUUCAUGUUUAUCCGGUUGCAGUUGGGCAAGCAGAACGAGGAGUUCCUCAGACGCGACCAUGAAAACUUGCAAAUGGGGAUCUUGAAGCGGUUUAUUGAUGACUUCAAGAAUUUAUAG